AAUAAGGCAUGGACUCUUCGUCCGACCUAUAUGCUGUUAAUCAUUUACUGCGUACAGAUGUGAAAGGAAACUGUAUCUGGGAUUUGGCAGCAAUAUGAGGAAGUGUUGUGCCGCACCUGGGAAUAAAAGAAAACCUCUCUGUCGGAGGCUGUCAAGACAUUUUUUGUACUCUCAGAGUUUGAAGACAACACAAAAGCAGUUCUCAGAUCGAGCUGCAGGUGCCUGUUUGCCAGGUAUCCCAGGUGACAAAAGAGCAUCAGAACAAAAUAAAAAUUAAAACGCCUGCAAGGUGGAGUAAACAAGAGCAAGAGGUCGAAUGAGCAUGGCACCUUGGCGUUGAUCUGAGUGUGAUCAGCACUUCCUGGUUGGCUCCCUCGUGUGGCUCCACUCCUAUGACCUACUUGGUUAACACAGCCCACGCCCAGCUCGUCGCCCUCUGGCUGAGCUGCGUGGGCUGGACUCUCACUGCCGUGGCGCUUGGACUCAUCAAGUGGAGGGUUUGGCAGGUGUCGGACACGGAAGUCAUCAGCUCCGGCAUGGCCUGGGUGGGCAUCUGGAGGGCCUGCUUCAAUAGCCACACUGUGGUGACGCCCGGCUCCAUGGUCAUGCACUGCAGGUACAUCAGCCUGACCGAGGCCUUCACACCGCCAGAAAUAGUGGCAGGUCAGGUUCUCAUGGUCCUGUCCCUGCUGGUGGGGCUCUUUGGUAAUGCCAGCGGUGUGUAUGCCCUGAGGAACGUCUACUUUGGCCUGGAGAAGAGCUUGCCAGUGCGCUUGUCGUUCUACACCACUGGAGCUCUGUGCCUGUUGGCCGCUGUGACGUCUCUCAUACCUCUGCUGUGGAAUCUGAGCUCAGUGGUGACCAAUCAGACCAUCGUGUUCCCCCCUGAGUUCAAAAUGCCCCAGGCGCCGGAUUCGCAGUACGCAGGGAGCGGCAUAGGGGUUGGAAUGGUGGGAACAGUCCUGAUGAUUGUCUCUGGGAUUAUUUUCUGUAAAUACAGGCUACCAGUGAGGCCACAGUCAGGGAUGAGGCCCUCUCCCGAAGAACCACCAGCACAACGUGUAACUGACAGUCAGGAGGCUUUUACCACAUCAAGGGGGAAUGACAACACAGGGUUUGAAGCUCAUGAACACUUGUGAACAAUUUCUUUUGACUUGAAGGCCACUGCCUGUGAGACCUCAGAGGAAACACAGCUUAAACAUAUGAAGAGCUGCAAACUGAGAUGUUCAAAAGUUCUACUUUGGACAGAAUUAUUCCUUCCAUAGACUGUUUGAUUUAUUCAGCCAGUCGGAAACACAACAGCUCCUUGAUUGCUUCCAGUGACUCAUCUCCUUUUUUAUUUUGCUCCACGUGAAGAUCCAAAUGAAUGAUUCAUCUCCAGACAGCAAACAAACAUUGCCUUCAUGCCUCAGAAGCGAAUGUAUUACAGCCAUGAAAGAUUCAUGAAAGAUCCUCUUACAAUGUCGAACUUUCACUGCAGUUUUUACGUUUUCUAAGCUGUUGCGGUUAUUGUUGUAUUAACUCCUAUGGUGUGAGCACAGCAUUAUGGGCAGUAAAGGAGGCACAUCUGUGAGUGAUGUAGGACACUAUUUGUAAAUCAUGGCUCGCCUAAAUUAUUCAGUGAAGAUAUUGUAUACGUUUUUACAUCCAAAAGUGACACUGCUGCAGCCCAGCUGUUUGUACAUGCACUUGUCAUGUGUUCAGCAAGAAUUAAAAAAUCAAGAAUGUGUCUUUUAUUGUGUCCCACCACCACAAUAUCAGCUGCCUCCUCCUUGAAUAACAAAACAUUUGUAGUGGUGGUGAUUUUGUUCCAUAUUUGGACUGAAAUAAAUGUUAAUAACAUUUUUCAUA